AAAAUUAAAGGAGACCCUAGAUCCCAAAGCGAAAAAACCCGCCGCUUUGAGCAACCGCCCUCCCCUCCCCCCCCGAUCUUCAUCUUCUUUUUGAGGGUGAAGUAGCUAUUUUCCAUGGCUUCCUCUUAAAAUAGAACACACACAAACACAGCUAUUCCUUGCUCCUCCACCUUUCCUCCAUUGUAACCAAUCUCGUUCUUCCACCGGAACACAAAAAUCCAUCCCUUACAACACAAACAAAAUAGUCCAAAAUGAUCGAAAACAGCAGCUCAAAUCGCUGCAGUCUUCGCCGAGAAAACAGUCCCAUAAUCACUAUAAAAUACACUUGAAACCAGCCCCCUUUUGCCCAUAAAAACAGUCCAGUACAACCCCAAAAUAGCUUCGAAACAACCGUUAGUCACUCCAAAAAUUGAGGUUCUGUCGCCGAUUCGAAGUUCUGAUCAGUAGCUCGUUCGAACGUCAUUUUGUUCCUUUUGGUGCACGCUCCUUUGUAUACAUAGCAAAUUCAGCAAUAAAGAUUUUGAAAUUUCAAUUGAGUUUUUCACACUUUCACUUGGCUUUUGCUUUUUCCGUCUUCAUUGGCCUGCUCUAACCUCAAAUAUUAUCAAGAAUGUGUUCACCAUGUAUCAUGACGGAAAUGAAAAUUAACAAAAGGAGUUGGAAAUAAAGAAAAAUGAACGAUAAAAUAUCACUUCUGAAUGUUAAUUUCACCACUUUUCUUCAGAAGGUCAACAACUCAAAGUGGGAGCAAGUCCAUGUUCCUUCAAGUGUUCGGUCUAUUGUCACUCUGAAUCUCCCUAGCUAUGGCGGUGGAAGGAAACCAUGGGGACAUUUGAAGCCAGAAUACAUGGAGAAGAUUCAGGCAUAUCUGGUCCUGCUCUCGAGUGCUGAUCAUUUCCGGCUCAGGCGGAUCUAAGGAUUCUCUAGGUAGCUAUUGGCGUUCGGAGCCUGGAGCUCUUCCCUAUCUUUCUUCUUCAUGUUUUUGGUUUUCUGUAUUAAACUCUAUAGUUUGAUGAUUUGGAGUAUUUAGUUUUGUUAGAUGCUCAUGACUAGUGACAUCUCGGUAUUGGGCUGUGUUGGA